CAGGCACUGGUCCAAUAAGGGGGACUUUCCCCUACAUAGUUCUGCGGACUCUUCUAAAGUGGCUGUAAAGGUGCCAUCUUCUUUCUUUAGGAAACCUGGUUGAUGUGAGUAGUCCUUCGAAAGAACUCUCUUCAGCCUUGCAGCCGAAGCAGUCGACGUUAUGUCGCUGCAGAAGGAUCCCCACAUUUCCCGUUUCCUCUUUCUUAAUUCUUUCUUAAACUCUUUCCGGUGUUCUUUAUAGGCUUCCCAGUCCUCACUUUUCUUAGUGUUUUUUGCUCUAUUGAAAAGUUUUCUUAGCCCCGAUUGAAGUAGGCUGAGCCUUCGGUUCCAACAUGGUGUACCUUUGCCCAGGCCUUCCUUCUUUAGGAGGCAACUUUUCUUAUAAGCUGACAUCAGAGAAUCGUUGAUAAUGGUCAAAGUUUUCUCCAUGUCUUCUCUCGAUUUAUACUCUAUUGGUACCGACGGUACGGAGACAGUCUGUCUUCGUCUUCCAGUUCUUCGUUGUAUAAAGCUCAGUUCGUCAGCCUAGGUUUCCUGUUCGUCUUUGGCUCUAUGUCUAUACAUAAUCCAUCUAUGGUCUGACACUGACCCCUCCUUGGAGACGCCCCAUUCCAUUAUAUACUGUGAGAUAUCCCAUGUAACCAGUGUAAUAUCUAUUACUGACUGACUACACGAUGUUAGAUUUGUUGCCAAAAGAUAUUCAGCUAGUGUUUUCCUCUUUCAUUGGUAUCUUUGCUCCCCCAGAGCAGACAGUGGGCGCUUGCAUCGGUCACAGUGGUUCACCAAAUUCGCCAUCUCCCAUGUUGGACAUGGUUCAUGUUCCCCCUGUGGUAAGUACACGGAUGCUAUUACAAGUUGCUCUUCGCCUCUUCCAAUGUUACACUUAACAUGUACCGCAGCCACAUUCCUAGAGCUGACCUGAGGUAAGAGGAUGGCUUUAAUAUUCCUGGGAAUAUAAAUGCAUAUCCUUGGAGAUUCUAUUGUGAUACCCCUAAAUCAACAGUGCCAUUUAAAUUGCUCAACCCCGAGAUCCUGGAUUUUACUUUGGAUUAUUGUUAUAGUAUCCUGCAUCUUGUCUAGACGACGACACAAAACAGUCGUCGCCGCGCCGUGCGACAAUGUUGCAGGUUAAUCUGGAUGAAAUCUCUGCAACCAAAAAUCUCAUGCCUAUUUUAGGAGACACGAGGCUUAUGUCUCAGCUCAUGUGUCAUAGUUUCCGAGCUUCGAAAAAUUAAAAAAACUUUCUCUCAAUGGAAACCGCUGAAGGACUUUUCGCUAAGCGAUACGACAACAAAGAAAACACUUGUGAAAAUCCAUCCGCAUCAAACAUAAUCGUAAAUGUGCGUUCUCCAGCAAAGAAAAAACUGUACCAUCUGAUUCAACCGUACCAGAAAAACUUUUACAACCAAAAGCCAUGCGACGAGCCCAUAGACUUAACUCGUGGUCCUAAUCGCAACAUUAAAAUAGAAGAACCAGAAGUGACUCCAUCCAAGCUCUUCAUCAAACCACGGGGACGUCGACCCAAGCUAUUUUGUCAAAAUAGCAUUCCAGACCACAACCAGCUCCAGGGAUUCUUCAAAGAUGUCAUAGAACUACAAGCCACUGAAACUAAACAAGCUGAAAUUCUCAAAGCUGCAAAGUCGUUGUUUUCCAAGAGAACCAGAACCUUGUAUCAUUGGAUGUAUCCAAAUACACCCAAACAACAAAUCAAAAUGGCAGUUGCUAACUCCUGGGAUAAUCUUGGGGUGCAAGAAAAGCAGUUUUACAUAUCUCAGGUUUUAGUGAGAUUUGGGUUUCCUCAGUGUAGUUUGAUGGUGAAUCCGCAAUUAGGUGGAAUUAAAGAGUUGCCUCCCCUUCCAGACACCAUGAACGGAAAUAAUUAUUCUGCAAGAGAAUUGCAAACUGCUUUGUCGAGUAUUUCAGGUGCUGCAACUGGUUCUUCGACUGGUGAAAGUAAGAGGCGUCAGGGAAGACCUCCCGGUAGCAAAAAUAAAAAAAACAAAAAUGAACUACUAACGUAUAAACUCACAAAAGAUUUUCAAGACGAUCCAGAAUUGAGUAAAGAAUUAGAGAAAUUUGCCAUUUCGUUCGAUUGUUUCAAAUAA